AUGACUGGCUUACAUACUGGUGUUCAGAAACGUAACAAGGAAAUUAAUCAAAAAGCAGAAUUUGUCGCUUGUACAAAUCACUCCUUGAAUUCGGCGGGUGUUCAUGCAAUUUCUGUUGGAAUGAAUUCUGUUACCUUUUUUGAAUGUGUGGAACGAUUGCUUGUAUUUUUUCCUUCAUCAACCCAUCGCUGGGAUGUUCGAAUUACAGUCACUGGUCAAAGUGUCAAGCGCAUAACAGAAACUCGGUGGAGUGCGAGAGAAGAAGCUGUAAGUGUUGUAAAGAAACGUUUCUUAAAAAUCUUAAGUGCCCUAGUAAAGUUAACUCGUGAAGAAGAAAAUACAGCUACAAGGACAGACGCUGAUGUUCUACUUAGUGCGCUGCAAUCAUUUUCCUUUUUAUGCUUUCUUGAUAUGUGGGGACUCAUCCUUCUUGAAAUUAACGACACACAGACUUGCUUCCAAACCAAAGGAUUUAACAUACAACAAUGUGAUAUAAAACUCAAGGAAUUAGAAACAUUUCUAGCUGAAAUACGGACAAGCUACUGA